GGACGCGAGGGACUGUUUAAGCCAAACAAGCACAAAGUAGAAGCUUGAAAUAGGUCAACAUUUUUAAAGUAUAUGAUAAAAUAGAAACUUACUUGUUUAAUAAGUGUCAGAAUUUCCCCCCCAAAAAAGACACUUUAAUGACGUGACGUCACACCAACCCGGCUGUUUGAGAGAACUGUAUGUACAGUAUGUAUGUGUAUGGCUCCGGUCUUCAUGUGGGGUAGAUGGUUUGACAUGAACUGGCCCAUAGUCCCUCCCCCUGGCUCUGGCAUUCAGGUACAGCUCCCCCCUCCCGGCCUCUAUAAAGCCUCCCAUGUCCUGGGCGUAAACGUCAGACCUCCACUGACGACUAAAAGAGUGCACGACCACCUCGGACCCUCGUCGUCUCCAGCUAGAGUCAGUCCGCGUCCCGUCGACAUGAGGUUGGAUCUGCAGACGCUCGUCUGCUGCUGCGUGUUGACGGCCGUGCUGCCACUCACGAGGAGCUCCAGCGCCCAGCCGAGCACUGGAAUGAAGAGAAGGUUGAAAGUGCGUCUACUGAGUCAGAUGAAGAAGGAGACGGCCGGCGAAGUCCCCAUCGAACCAUCAAGUCAGGGCGGGGACACACAGGUGGCGAGGACGCCGUCCUCCAGCUCGCUGCUCAACAUCCGACCAAGGCGGUCAACGCUGUCCAAAACGUCCGGUUGCUUCCUGUUCACCUGCGCCUACCACGACCUCAUCCACCGGCUGCACCAGAUCCGCGACUUCGACCAAAGAGCGGUCAGCGCCCCACAGGGCAAGAUGGGCUCCACGGGCUACGGCCGCCGCCGCCGCUCGCUGAGUCAGCAGGAGGCGGGCCGCGGACCCGGACGGACCGCGGGCGCCACACCCGGUCCUCAGACGGCGGACGCGGCGGGGAACCCUUGCUGCGUGUGUCUGCUCACAGCGGACGAAGACAAGUUCUCUCACCUAUUAGCGCGCUUGCAGUAGCUGGCCCCGCCCACCGGAACUGAGACGGUGCGAGCAUGCUUAGCUGCCGACUUUUUGGGAUGAGCUCCAUCAGACCUGGGGGGGACUUGACCACAAUGUCCGUGUCUUCCUCAGCUUCCAGAGGAGGGCAGGAGGAACAGGAGCAACUUUUUACAACCGGAGCAGCACAUUCCCGAACUGGAAUUGAUCAAAUAUGUAUGUACGGAGUUUAUAUCAACUCCGCUUUGAUCAGGUAUAACUUUAUACACACAAAUAUUUUAGCUGCACCUCACCCAGCUUGUAACUUCAGUGAAGUAUUUGAAUGUAUCCAAGCCAGGGGUGUCCAAACUACGGCCCGCCGGACCCCACUAGUGUACUGAGGAAUCUGGCCCAUGGGGUGUUUUACAAUAAUCUUAAAUAACAAAAAAUUGGAUUAUUGCCACCAACUUGUGGAGUAAAACAGGUCAAUAACCAUGAAGUAUAUGAUACAACUCAGUCCAAACAACCUACCCUAAUCAUGACGCAAAAAAAAAAAAAAAAAAAAAAAAAAAUGCAACCAACAUAAAAAAAAACGUCCAAGCACCUUAAAAUGUUUUAAAUUACACCCAUUUUAAGCUAUUACAAUGCAUGAUGGGAAAAAUGCCAAACACUUGCUACACACUUAUGUUUGUUUGGCGCGUUUCUGCUGCUUGAAAUUUGUAACUGGUUACAAAACUUUACGAAGGUCGUCACAGAAGUAAACAUGGUAGGAGUCAAACUUUCACAUACUUUUAACAUCCAAUUAUAUUAAUUUUAUAUCCAUUCUAUCAAUAUAAUAUGUACACACACACACACACACACACACACACACACACA